AAUUCACGAGUUCUCAUCACCUGUACCUUUCAAUUAGCAAAAAGCCCUUCACCUAAAGCAAUCCUUCCUCUUCCAGAAAUAUUUUUGUGUUCUCUCUCUAGCGUAGAUGGCACCGAAGGCAGAGAAGAAGCCGGCGGCGGAGAAAGUUCCGGCAGAGAAAGCUCCGGCGGAGAAGAAGCCCAAGGCCGGGAAGAAGCUCCCUAAGGAGGGUGGAGCUGCGGCGGCCGGAGAUAAGAAGAAGAAGAGGGUGAAGAAGUCGUCGGAGACCUACAAGAUCUACAUCUUCAAGGUGCUGAAGCAAGUUCAUCCUGAUAUUGGGAUCUCCAGCAAGGCCAUGGGCAUCAUGAACAGCUUCAUCAAUGAUAUCUUCGAGAAGCUCGCCCAAGAGGCAUCUCGCUUGGCCCGCUACAACAAGAAGCCGACCAUCACUUCCCGUGAGAUCCAGACCGCCGUGAGAUUGGUUCUUCCCGGCGAAUUGGCAAAGCACGCCGUCUCUGAAGGCACCAAAGCAGUCACCAAAUUUACAAGUUCUUAGAUGAAAUCUAAAAUCUGUGUUUUCUUUUGAUAUAAUCCGAACUAUUAGGGUUAAUAGCUGUAAAGUAGCUUUGAUUUGGGUUUAAUUUCGGAUUAUACGGUACUGUUAUCUACCAUCGACUAUCAAUCAAUCGAUCAGCAUUCUCAAUU